AUGUCAAAAAAAGGAGGAUGGCAGAAACUGAAGGAGGCCAAAGAAAGACGGCAAAGACAAGAUGUAGUGCUAAAAAGUACUCCUUCUCUCCUAAUGUUUUUUCCUCCUACUAAGUCUGGUGGUGAGGAAGUCCAGGCGAAUACCAGCCCAAAUGAACCUGCUGCAUCUGCACCUGAUGAAAAGGAGAAGCCUCCUGUGACUUCUCUAGGUGCAGUCUCACCUCAUUCCUCUGAAGACUUACCCAGUGAUAGCAAUACAAAAAUAUCCUUCUCCAAUGACCCAGAGCGUGGUCUGCCAUUCCAUGGCUCAGAUGAGACUGUUGGAUUGAAACACAAUGGCAAUUACCUUGGUGUUCUAGUGCUAAUCCCUAAAUUCGAUUCUUUCUUAGCUCAGCACAUCAAUGAACACAUGAAUAGUGGAAAAGGCCAUACAUCACAUCUAUCAAAGGCUAUUUGUGAUGAAUUCAUUGCACUGCUGGCAAGGAAGAUGCUGUCAGCCAUUGUAGAGGAGAUCAAAGAUGUGGGGUAUUUUUCAGUGUCCGUCGACUCAACAGCAGAUGUGUCACAUGUAGAUCAGCUGACUGUCAUCUUGCAUUAUAUGCUACCCAGCAGAUCAGCUGAGCAUUUCAUGACCUUCAUAAACAUCACCAGCCACACAGGGGAGAAACUUGCCUCGUACCUACUCAAUUUUCUCCCAGAAAAUGGGAUUGACAUCAGCCUUUGUCAUGGCCAAAACUAUGACAAUGCAAGUAAUAUGAGUGGCAAAUAUUCAGGGAUACAGGCAAAAAUAAAAGAGAGCAAUCCUUUGGUUGAUUACAUACCAUGUGCUGCACAUUCACUCAACCUUGUAGGCCAGUCUGCUGUGUAUUGUUGUGUUGAAGCAGUUUCUUUUUUUGGAUUUGUCCAAGAAUUCUAUCAUUUUUUCUCUGCAUCAACCAGUCGUUGGAUGAUUCUUAGAGAUUCACUACCAAAGGGAUGCCCAGUGCCCAAAUCACUCUCAGAGACACAGUGGAGUGCCAACUCUGAAACUGCGAAUGCAGUUAUUCUGGGAUACCCCAACAUCCUUGAAGUGCAGCAACAAGAAAAGAUGAGAAGAUUCCGAAUGAUGCAAUGCACACUUUGUAAACUGGUAUUUUGUGUGAGGGCUGGAAUGAUAUACUUCAGCUGCACUUCAAGGAUGUUGGGGUAUCCCAGAAUAACUGCAUUGGAUCGAGGCUUAUGA